AUGACAGUAGGCCAAACAGUCACCAUUGGCGUCCUCGCCCUCCAAGGCGCCUUCAGCGAACACAUGCAGCUCCUCCGGGGGGCCUCUAUCGGUCUCAAAACCCCUCAACCCCUCAACUUUAUACUCGUCAAGACCCCCGCCGAGCUCUCCCAAUGCUCCGCGCUCAUCAUCCCCGGCGGCGAAUCCACAGCCAUGGCUCUCGUCGCCGAGCGCUCCGGCCUCCUCGAGCCCCUCCGCGAAUUUGUCAAGCUCGACCGCCGCCCCACAUGGGGUACCUGCGCGGGCAUGAUCCUACUCAGUGAGGCCGCCAACCGCACCAAAAAGGGCGGGCAGGCGCUCAUCGGCGGGUUGGCGGUGCGAGUCAACCGGAACCAUUUCGGGCGGCAGGUGGAGAGCUUUGAGGCACCGUUGAGGCUGUCAUUUCUUAAUGAGGAAGAUGCACCGUUUAACGGAGUUUUCAUCCGGGCACCGAUUGUCGAGGCGAUAUUGCCGCAGGAUGGCGAGGAGGGCGAGGAUGAUGUUGAGGUACGGGCGCCGAAGAAGGAGCCGAGAGGCGUUGUGGAGAGUGUGUUGGGAGAUGAGGGUCAUGUGGAGAUACUUGCGGAGCUGAGGAGGACGUUGCUGCCGACGGAGGGGUUAAGCAAGGGAGAUAGACCGCUCUAUGAGACGCAUAGCACCGAUGUGGACAUGGCGCGGGAGAGGGAGAACCGCGGGAGUGUGGCAAGCAUUGUAGCCGUGAGGCAGGGGAAUGUGGUGGGGACGAGCUUCCAUCCAGAGCUCACGAGCGACCUGAGGAUGCAUAGAUGGUGGCUUCAAGAGGUGCUGAAGGACCUGAAGAGGAGGGAGGAGCUGGUAGAGAAGGUGAAGCACGGGGAGAGUGUACAAUAG